AUGGAAUUAUCGCCAAAUGCAUUGCAGUCAACUAAGCAGGUCUGUGAGCUGUUUGCAAAUUCACGCGGCCGCACUUUUGCUCUGAUUGUUUCUCACCCUCCCGACCUGCCAAUGGCCCCACCGCUGUCUGCUUCCUUUAUAUGUUCCUUCUAUAGUCUACCCUUGAUAGGGAUCAGCGCUCGACACUCAGUAUUCAGCGACAAAUAUAGUCACGCCAGCUUUUUGCGAACUGUUCCUCCAUUUAACAAGCCGCGCUCCUUUCGUCUCUCUAAUUCCUAG